CAAAGACAGGAGUCUCAAAGCAGCUGAUGCUUCCCGUAAUCCUCGCUAAGCAUCAUUUCAUUGAUGCUUUCUCUCUUUCUCUGCGUGUCUUUCAGCACUUUUCCAUGGAACUGGAUUUCACGGCUGCUGAGGUGACAUCAGGUAUCUGAAUGCUACAGAGGCACAAGGAAAGAGCAAUUGGAAGAUAACUUUCCACGCUGCAAUCCUUUAUGUCCUCAGAGGAAGAGUGUUUGGUUUGUAAUGCAUGCCCCUUAAGGAUAUUUUUCCCUCAUCACAACUGCUGGAGAAAGAUUUUCCCCCAUUUUUUGACCACAACAAUUCAUUUGUAAGUUCAAUUUUCUGUAGAAUCUAUGGGGACUUUUUCGGCGUAAUAUUCCUGCCGUACCUGGAAAGUUUGGGACAAGACAUGUCUGAUGGAACCAAAGCUGUCUAAUGAAGCAGUUUUUCUAAGACUGUCCAGAAACCAGGAAUGACCACAGCAGCCAUGGAGCCUGUUGGAGUCUUGGUGGAAAGGAGCACCAAUGCAACGGACUCUCCACUGAGCUCUCAAGAGGAUACAGCUGCUACAUUCACCAUUGGCACCAUCCUAUCUAUCAUGUGCUUGGUUGGAGUCUCAGGGAACAUCUACACCCUGGUGGUCAUGUGUCAUUCCAUGAGAACUGCAGCGUCAAUGUACAUCUACAUUAUAAACUUAGCUUUGGCAGAUCUGCUUUACCUUCUCACGAUCCCCUUUGUGGUCUGCACACACUUCUUGAAGGGAUGGUACUUUGGAGAUGUAGGGUGUCGGAUACUAAUAAGCAUGGAUUUCCUGACCAUGCAUGCCAGCAUCUUUACGCUGACUAUCAUGAGCACGGAGCGUUACUUUGCAGUGCUCAAACCACUGGACACGGUCAAGCGGUCUAAAAGUUACCGCAAGGCUAUCGCACUGCUUGUCUGGGUAGCCUCACUGAUCCUCACAUUACCUAUGAUUGUGACCAUUAAGCUUAUGAAAGUGGGUACUAAGGCAAUGUGCCACCCCACUUUAUCUGAACUUUCUUACAAGAUUUACAUCUCCUUUCUAUUUUGCACAAGCAUUGUUGCCCCAGGACUGAUUAUUGGGUACCUCUACAUUCAGCUGGCACGGACUUACUGGAUAUCACAAACGGAAAGCUUCAAGCAGACCAAGAAACUACCUAAUCAAAAGGUGCUGUACCUGAUUUUUACCAUUGUGCUCUUCUUCUGGGCGUGUUUCCUGCCUUUUUGGAUCUGGCAGUUGCUUGACCAAUUCUGUUCCUCAUUGUCCCUCUCCUCCAAAGUCAAACGAAACAUCAACUACCUGACCACAUGCCUCACGUUCUCCAACAGCUGCAUCAACCCGUUCCUUUACACGCUGCUCACCAAAAACUAUAAAGAGUACCUCAGGAAACACAAGAGGUCCUGGACUGCCGGAAGCUACUUUAAUAGACGAAGUCGUUUUCAGCGAUCGCCCCGAAGGUCGCCAUCUGCCAGCAGUCAGCAGUGCACCGAGAGCUUCAUGCUUACACAUACAGCUUCACUGCGAGCUCAUAACAGCAGCUUGUAAGAAUGGAUGAUGAACCAAAGCAGAUGAGAAGAGCACAGAAGAAAGGCGGAGACAAGAAACAAUGGAAGAAAAAUUAUGGAAAACAAAUCCUAAGCUUACCAUUUGUGAGCGAAAAAGGACGGAUGGCAAACUAUACUAAAAAUAAUCUUUGUUUUUUUGAGUGGGCACAGCGGUGACUGAAUGACAAGGAAACUCCUGCUAUUCUUGACUCGUGCUGGCUCACUUCUAAUUUGGUCUCUCCAUGAACUUCCUUCGGCAUGAAGACAAAAACAGAUCCUUUUUAGAGGUUCUGUUUUACUCUGUGUUCACCUUCAUUUUUUUCCGUUUCAGCCUGCAUAAAGAAUCCCUCUAAACUGCUUCCCUGGAUGUGAUGGAAUUGGUUUUGAUGCAUGUUUAAUAUAUAAGGAUAAGCUUCUAA